AUAAUAAUAGAGUGAGUGACUGGGUUGGCCAAGUGUUGUGUAUUCUCUUUCAAAUUUUGUGAGUAUCAUUGCCACCACAUCCAUAACGACAUUAAUCCCCUCAAGUCAUUAAACAAACAAAAUGCACUGAACAGAUUCAUACAUACAUAUAUAUAUGGUUUAAUUUCCCAGAAAAAAUAAGAAAGGGGGGAUGUUAUAGAAUGGAAAAAGAGAUAGUUGAUUACACAUUGAUAGCAUCGGGAGUUAGUGUAAUGGUGGGAUAUCAUAUCUGGCUUCUCAUUAGGAUUCUAAAAUACCCUAAUAAAACUGUUAUUGGCAUCAAUGCUAUCAAUCGUCGCUAUUGGGUUCGUGCUAUGAUGGAGGACGCAUCAAAGAACGGUGUUCUCGCCGUCCAAACCCUUAGAAACAACAUAAUGGCGUCCACUCUUCUCGCAUCGACGGCGAUAAUGCUCUGUUCUCUCAUUGCCGUCUUAAUGACAAGCGGGGGCCGUAGCGAAUCUCCGUUAGUUGUACUCAACGAAAGAAGCCAGUUCAGUUUCUCCAUCAAAUUCUUCGCCAUUUUACUUUGCUUUCUCGUAGCGUUUUUGUUCAAUGUUCAAUCCAUUAGGUAUUAUAGUCAUGCCAGCAUUCUCAUCAAUACGCCUUUCAAGAAAAUCCGAGUCGACGGUCAUCAUCAACGCCUCACGACGGAAUACGUGGCGGCGACGGUAAACAGAGGGAGUUAUUUCUGGUCGUUGGGUUUGCGAGCGUUUUACUUCUCGUUUCCUCUGUUUUUAUGGAUAUUUGGACCGAUUCCGAUGUUUUCUUCAUCGUUUUUGCUAGUGUUUAUGCUGUAUUUUCUUGAUGCUACUUUCGAAUUGUGCUGGACGGAGGGGAAUUUGGAAUAUCAUCCUCAAAGAGACGAAGAAGAGGAGAUUGGGAAAUAGUUUUUCGUUUUUCUUUGUAUGAUUCGUGUUAUUGUUGUUUAUUUGAGAUAUUUGUGUAGGUGCCAAAUGUUCACACAAUCGACUUUAGUUUAGUAUCGAUUCAAGUCGGUGUGUUAUUUUGGCCGAUUCAACCAUGAAUUUAGGGCAUUUUUUAGAGUCAUUAAAAGUGCUUCAAUAUCAUCUCUCAUGGUUUUGCUUUGAUAUCAUUUCAAAGGUUUGAUA